CACCUAGCACACAGCAAGAAUUAAUACGACGGCAUACGUCAGUAGUUUACGCGGACAACUUUUUAACUCAUUCAUUUGUUGACGUUUAAAUAAUGUAGCGGGCCGGCGCUGCUCCCUCGCUCGCGGUCUUUUUAUUAGUUUUAAUUAAUUUUAAUUUUUAACCAUCCUGUGGGCAUAGGGACGCACCCCAGGCGCUUAGUUGUCUAAUAGUGUGCCCGAAGUGCAGUGUGUGUGCGCGGGUGUUUUGUUUUUCUCUGUUGGGUUUUUCGCACAGACCAUGGAAGAUGCGGUGAAGCGAUCGCAUUUUUCGGAAUUGGUCCGGUACUCCCGUCCAAUGAUGACAGCCGCUGGGACGUUCACAAUUAUCAUAAUGCUUGUCGGCGUAAUGGGGAAUUUACUUACAAUCGUUGCCCUACUCAGACAUUCCAAAAUAAGGACAGUGGCAGCGGCGUUCAUUGCCAGAUAUUUUUUCUCCAGUCUCUGCAUAUCCGAUUUGCUGUUCUGCUUCCUCGUGCUGCCGUUUUCAGCGAGUCAAUUUUUCCACGGCACGUGGAUACACGGCGAAACCCUUUGCAAGAUGAUUCCCACCUUACGCUACGGUAGCAUCGGAGUCUCGUUGUUAAGCGUGGCCGCCAUUUCAAUUAACAGGUAUAUCCUUAUAGCCUGGCCUCACCUGUAUCAGAAAAUUUACACCAAAACCAAGGUGGCGAUUUAUAUCGCCCUUAUUUGGGUGUUCGUUUAUGGGCUGAUGAUACCCACGCUGCUAGGAAAAUGGGGCGAGUUCGGUAUGGACGAAAAGCUCGGGACAUGCUCGAUAAACCCCGAUAAAAAUGGAAAUUCACCCAAAGUAGCCCUAUUCGUGACCGGUUUCGCACUGCCGUCCGUCGUUAUAGUGAUAUGUUACUCCAGCAUAUACUGGGUCGUAAGAAACUCUCACAAGCGGUUAGCGCAGCACACCACGAACGGGGGAAAAUUCAAAAGAAGCGAAAUGAAAAUCACCAAGAUGGUGCUCGUGAUAUUCAAGUGCUUCGUAUUCUGUUACCUCCCGAUUACCAUAGUGAAAGUGUAUGACAGCGAAGUGAAACACCCGCCUCUACACGUUUUGGGAUAUUUGGCGAUAUAUUUGUCCAGUUGUGUUAAUCCAGUGGUGUACGUGACGAUGAACAAACAAUACAGGACCGCUUACCUCGAAACGUUAAGGUGUCAUUACAAUAGCAGUCUGGAUUCUCAGCAGACUCCGGGAAACACACCAACAAAGACCCACGGUAUGUCAGUGGCGUAUCAAAAGAACAAUGUGGUUAAGCAUCCGUCGGAUGUGUAGUAAAUGUGAUUCUUGGCGUAGCUAAAAUUAUUUCAAUGUUAGCCAAAGAAAUGUGAUUUUAUCUAUUUUACUUAAUAGGUACAAUUUAAGCGCAUCGAGUGUAAUUUUCUUUGGUUUUUCUGCUAAGCGGAUAAAUUGAAAACUGUUAUUACGUAUAGUGUAAAGCAAAACUCAGCAACAUUUGUAAGUGUUUUUCUGGGAUUCGUGUUAACCACUUUACGAGAUACGACCAAAAUGCUGCGUGAUUACGGUUAGAAGAAAACCUCCUAUGUAUGGCGAACAAUAUUUUUAAUAGUGCUUUUAUUAAGAAAAUGUUACCGCACAAAUAUUUAUAAAUAUAUAUUUAUUUUUGGGUUUUUCGUAAAUUAUGUAUUGAAUUUAUAGUAUUUUUCUUAUAUCAGUUGGUUAUUGCCUACAAAGUAUUUCGACAACAAUUAUUGACUAUUGAUUGUUAUAUGUCUCUUUUUGUUAUUUUUUAAUCUGUUGAUUAUAUUUUUCACUGCCAUCCUAGUUUGUAAUUACUAUGAAAUAAUGUGAUAUUUCCGAAUGCUCAAAAUGAUUGUUGAUUCAUUCGUUCAUUCAUCCACAUCCGUGGAACGUUAAAUUAAUGAUCAAAUAGGUCAUUUGGCGACGCAUUCCCAACAUAAGUUUAUUUUAGUUUUAGUUUAUGUAUUUAUAGCCUCUAGUUAAUAGGCAUCAUAUGAAGUUACCACUAUAUUUCAUUCUCGAUGUAAAUAAGAAAUGUCUUUCGAGUUGUGUAGUACAAAAUAUAAUUAUAAUUAAACCUUAUAUUAAGGUGUUUUGUAUAUAUUGUUUAUAUUUAUUAAUUUAAUAUAUUUGCGAACCCAUUUAAUAAAAU